GCCAUUCAGAGCGGAAGUCGUCACGUUUGUAAUCAUGGCGUCCUCCUGUCCACGGAGAGGCAACGUGAUAAUUAUUUAAAAUGAGAAACUUUUGGUUUUCUUGGACAGCCAAUACCAGCAUCAUCUAAUUUCAACACAUUGUACUUAAAACGAAAAUAAGACUGCACUCCUGGACCUGUUCGUCCAAAGAGAGAGUACUGCGUGAUCGGCACAGAAAUGGCUUCAUUUAAACCUACGAAAAUCCAAGUCUAUCCUAAACUUGGAGAGAAAGUCACACAAGACACACUAUACUGGAAAAACUACAAGGCGCCGGUCCAGAUAAAAGAGUUUGGAGCGGUCACACACAUAGACUUCUCCCCAGUGGCUCCACAUAACUUUGCUGUGACAGCAUUCACAAGAGUCCACAUUUAUGGGCCGUUCUCCCAGGAGCCCGUGAAGACAUUUACACGGUUUAAGGACACUGCAUACAGUGGGAGAUUCAGGUCAGACGGUCAGCUGCUUGUAGCGGGAUGCGAGGACUCUGUGGUCCGGUUGUUCGAUGUUGGUGGCAAGGUGGCACUCAGGAUGUUCAGAGGGCACACGAAGGCUGUCCAUGUAACAGACUUCACCUCAGACCGUUAUCAGAUCCUCACUGGGUCAGACGACUACACCUGUCGACUUUGGGACAUCCCAAACUCCAUUGAGCUCAACACCUACCAGGAACACACAGAUUACAUUCGCUGUGGUGUCACAAGCAAACUCAACAGAGAUCUUUUUAUCACAGGAUCUUACGACCACACCCUGAAACUGUUUGAUGCAAGAGUGGAUAGGAGUGUGAUGACCAUGGACCACGGCCAGCCAGUGGAGAGUCUGCUGCUCUAUCCUUCUGAGGGUCUCCUCGUCUCUGCAGGUGGGCGCUAUGUGAAAGUGUGGGAUCUGCUAAAAGGAGGCCAGCCACUGGUGUCUCUGAAGAACCAUCACAAAACUGUCACAAGUUUGUGUCUCAGCACCAACGGCCAGAGACUGCUGUCAGCUUCCCUGGACAGGCAUGUGAAGGUGUACAACACAACCAACUAUAAAGUGGUCCACAACUUUGACUAUGCUGCCUCCAUCCUCAGUUUGGCUUUGGCUCCGGAUGAUGAGUCUAUUGUCGUGGGUAUGACCAACAGUAUCCUGAGUAUCAAACACAGGAAAAGCCCAGAAGAGUCAAAGGAAAUCUCUGGUCAACAGAGGCGACGACCGUCAUAUCGUGUUUUUGUGAAGGGGAAGAACUACGUCCCCAAACAGGAUGAUUAUCUCGUUAGUAAGCCAGUUAAGCAGCAUUUGGCCAAAUACGACAAGCAACUCAAGAAAUUCAAUGUGUCGAAGGCUUUGGAUACAGCUCUGGAGACAUGGACAAGACAUAGGAAGCCAGAGAUCACAGUUGCUGUUAUAAAGGAGCUGGAUCGUAGAGGAACACUGAACAACGCUCUGGCAGGAAGAGAUGAACAGGGACUGUCCCAGUUGCUCAACUUCCUCAUAGGGAACUUGGUUGACCCUAGGUUUGCUCCAGUCCUCGUAACAGCGGCAGAAAUGAUCCUGGACAUCUAUCACUCGGUAAUCGGCCAGUCACCACUUGUAGACAGACAGCUGCUGCGUCUGCAGGAGCUGCUGGAGAGGGAGAUCGACUACCAGCAGGACCUCCUGGAGGUGCUUGGCAUGUUGGACACAAUGUUCGCCUCCGCCCUCCCCAGGAAGGAGGUGCCGUGCUCUAGCACCAGCAGGUCUAAUGGCCUGGCUCAGGGGGGAGCGAGUACCUCAAGAGCACAGCUUCAGGCCACCUGAGGCUUGUAGUGAGAAAAGACUGGGUUAGAGUGCCUUUACAACCUCUUUUUUUUUUUUAAACAUCAGACACAUUUUCUGGCUUGACUUUUGUGUCACACAGACUUCACCAAGCAAACAUUUUGGUACAGGUUUUAAGAGACUGGUCUCUCACUCUGGUGUUUUAACUCGGUGUGACUGAAAAACACAACAGGAAAUGAAGAACAUGCAUUUACUGUAUGAAGAGUGUGAAUGUAAAGCAUUGCUUUAUUGGAAGUUUUGUAAUUACGCUUUCAAUUGUGUGUGAGCGCACUUGUAUGUAUGAAUGGUUUCACAGUGAACGUCUGCUUUGUGUUUUCAGUAUAUUUGGAUUUGACAAAUGUUUUAUAAGCAGAUAAAAAUAAAUCUUUGUAAUAUUGAAACUGA